CCAAACGCAGUUUAGGGCCUUGUUGCCGGUUGUUGGUCCCGACAGAUCAUCAAAAACGGUACGGUCGAGUGCUCGCAGACAGUGGGUGGUUGGGUGAAUUAGCAUGAUUUUCGAACGCACCUGAUCAAAACAAGUUGCACGAAGGAUGUUUCAUUCAGUCUCACUGUGGAACUCGCAGGAAGCAGUUGAGCUGAAGGAAAUUGAAAUGGGUGUAGAUUCGGGAAAGUUGCGUUUUCUUUUCGCGAAGCGUGAUGAUUUUUUUCUAUACGGGCAAUGUUAACACAGUCGUAGUUGUUUCGAAGUGUUUACGUGUUUCCGUGCCACUUUAAUGUGCCGGAUGUAUUGCGGUUGGUUCCGAUAUUGUGCAGUGUCGUGUGCUUGAGUCUAAAAUCACUGCACGGCUGGAUGGAAAGUAUUCUUCUGUACUUAAUAACUCACCGUGUGGUAGCUUACCAAGCAAUUGGGAGCUGGACCCAAGCACGCUCUCGAGUUAAUACAUCAUCACAUUGCCGACGACAAGUGAUUUAGAAAGCAUUUUAUACAUAAUGAAUGUUGUGAAUAAAAUUACGUUUAUUGCUGGAUAACAAAGUAAUGCCAUAGAAAAAGGGCGGCGGAAUUUUUCAUUCGCCCGCUAUGUGAGUGAGUUUGUGUGGUGGGAAAAUGACAAAAAAUGUCAUUAAACACAUGGUUGAGUGAAAAGUGAAAUUGCUUGAAUAGAAGAAUAAAUACUGGGUUUCCUUGCUUACGGGGUGGAACGCGUGAGCCGCAGCCGCUGUGCGAUUCAAUUGGAUAAUCAUCGCAACAUUGGCUACCGGAUACUGGCCCGGAAGGAUCUCCUCGGGAGUUCCAUCGAAAUACUUUGAACCGUACUAUGAGUGCUUGAGUGUGAUAGUGCUGGUUUCUAGACAACGGUUAUAUUUGGAUCGCAGUGUGUAUGUUGUUUAUAUCAAUUUAAUUAUUGUUUACACAUUUUCACUUCCACGAGCUUGGCGGAUAUCAGUGGUUGUCGAACCGUUCGGAAGGAAAACGUGAUAUCCUCUGGCAGGGAUAACUAGAAAAAUGUCGACCGGAUGAAUGGAAUGAGUCCCAAACCAACGUUAUUAGAGUGGCUAGGAGAAGUGCUGGUUAGAACUACGCCAAUCGAACAAUGCUAGACGUCGAUGAACGUAUGCUAGAAUGGUUGCACCAUAUCUAUCACAACGAUAGUUCCACUUCUCUGAUCUUGAACACUACCGAGUUCCGGUAUCGCCUGAUCAAAGUUCUGGACUCCAAUAUGACCAUCGCUCUCAAUGGUUCGAGCAAGUUGUACCGACGUGCGUUUGAGUUUCAGAAUAUUUCCGAGCAUAACAUAACCUACGAAUAUGUCAAUGAUUUCCUGGAAAAGUUGUUCCAAUCCCUUAAUCGACUGAAUCGAACGACUCCUUCUAGCAUCACUGACGGUUGGGAUGAUGACGGUGGAGAGCACGAGAACUGCAGCGAAUACUGUAAAGGAACCGUACGGGAUUUGUUGAUGGACUACAAGGUUAUGCACGGCUAUAUCGCACUGGUGAUCUGCGUGUUUGGCACGAUUGCCAAUAUCCUGAAUAUCAUCGUCUUGACACGAAAAGAAAUGACCAAAAUACCCAUCAAUCGGAUCCUGAAGUGGCUUUCGGUAACCGACAUGUUUGUCAUGGUUGAAUACAUCCCCUUUGCGUUUUACAUGUACUCCAUACUACCAGAUCGCCGGGACUAUCCUUUUUCAUGGGCAGUAUAUUUAAUGUUCCACAUGCAUUUCACCCAAAUUCUUCAUACUAUUUCAAUCCUAUUGACCGUUACGCUAGCUGCUUGGAGAUACAUUGCAAUAAAAUGCUCGCACGGUUCGUUGGCUCUGUACGCCCAAACCAAUUACACUUACGCGAUUCUGUUCUGUUACAUCCUGGCACCGAUCCUGUGCAUGCCGACGUACUUUGUCUUCACGAUACGGCAGACUCGGGUGUUCGAGCAUGACACCCAUGUGAUGCUGUACCAUCUGGAUGCUGAUGAGAAUACCUCUGUUUACCGUUACAACUUUUGGAUUCACUCGGUGAUUAUAAAACUGCUACCCUGCAUGAUUCUUACUGUGAUCAGUUGUGUCCUGAUUCGGGUGCUCUGGAAGGCUAGUAAACGGAAGCAGAAGCUCAGACAAGGUGAAAACUACAACAAGAUCGGUGCCGGUGCGGAGGUGACGACAUCAAGUCACACGGCUAAUCAUAACACCGCUCCGACCAACGCUGCUACCAGUUCUACGGCAAUCAGCAACGGAAGCAGAAACCCAAAGGCGGACCGGCGAGCCGAUCGAACCACUACACUAUUGGUGGCCGUGCUGCUACUCUUCCUGUUCACCGAGUUUCCCCAGGGCAUCCUGGGGUUGCUGAGUGGUAUCCUGGAGAAAUGUUUCUUCACACGGUGCUACACACUUUUCGGCGAGGUGAUGGACCUGCUUGCACUAAUCAACGCCGCUAUCGGUUUCGUGCUGUACGGUCUGAUGUCGAAGCAGUUUCGCACUAGUUUUAAGUCGGUUUUUUGUAAAGCUCCAACCCAUAGAGUCGAAAUCACUAGGAUGACCGGUUUGACCACCACUUGUGUAUGAUAGAAACCAAAAACUGGGCUAGCUGGUGGUUAAAACAGGGAAAAUGCUUGAUUCGAUCAAUUUACAGCAUAGCUAUUGAGGGGGUGAAUUCGUUCGAUUGGGAACAAUGCAUGUUACUGAGUGCUAUGUUCUGAGCUCGACAUGCCUUCUAGUAUGAUUUUCGAACGACGGACUUUGCACUUUGAAACCGUGAAUUAGUUCCUUAUCGACCGAGUUCACCCGUAGCACUCAACUUAUUUGCACUGCUUCUGUAGUUAUAAUUUGAGUGUCAGCUCUAGGAAACGAUUAUGAUAGUUAUGAAACUAAGGGAUCUAAAAUCUUAAGCAUUACAGCUUGGGUUGGAGUAGUUCAAUAGGUAAAUUUACUGUGUAAAUAUUGUUAAAUUGCAUUAAAUAGAAAGUGCGUAGCAAAUUCAACAAAUACCAUCUGUCGACUAAUUUCGAAUUGUUGAAAACUAUUGCACACAUCUACUGCCGUUCCAAGUAUAACUGUCCCAUGUAUAGGAAAUCCCAUAAAAUAUGGGAUAAUUAUGCGUAGAACGACGGUUUACUGAUCGUAUUCGUUAGAGCCCAAACGUAAUACGGUUAGUAAAUUCGAGACAUGGACCAAUAAGUUUAUAUUUAGUAUAAAAUCGACGGUAGUAACAAAAUAGGAAUCAAUUGUUUUAAUGUUGCAUCGAAUGAUAUAUUGAUAGAUGAUAUUUAAUAAAUGUUUUAUAAUCAUUCAUUCAUUCAUUCACAAACCAGUGGUAAUCCGGAAGCGACAGAUUCUUAUAAUUAUGAGCCACAACUCUUCAGUAUGAGCACUGUUCGACACGCAACGCUAAGUCUGUGAUGAAAAAUUCUGGGACUUUUCAAGUCAAAAAAAAAAUUUAGCGAGAUUGUAAAUAUGUAUCAUAAUGCUAAACACGUAUGCCGCUAACGGAAUACAAAUAUUUAUACUAGGAAUUCUUGGUUUCAAUGUUUAUAAACAAACAAACAAAAUUUUCUAUGAGCCUAUGUCAGUGUAAAUGAUUUUUAAAAUGUUCGUUCGAAUAGUUCGUCGCGAUGUUGGCACAAUA